AUGUUGUACAGUCUGCAAAUCAUGGAAUUCCCUCGUCACAAGCAACGAUUUCAUCUCCACUCAUCACAAUUUAACCAAAUCGAUCAUCGAAAACGGAAAUCAAACGCUAUUGAUCAGUUCCUCCCGCUCUUGCAUAUGAUGAAUCUGGAUCGCCUCCCACUAUUCAAUUCUACAGUUCACUAUGUUGGAAGUUUACUCGAUGGAACUCGUUUUGAUUCAAGCCUCGAUCGGGAGCUGCCAUUUAACUUCAAGCUCGGGCUUGGACACGUGAUUCAAGGGUGGGACGAUGGUAUCAAGACUAUGAAAAAAAGGCGAAAAAUCCAUUUUUACAAUUCCUCCCGCUCUUACAUAUGGUGA